AUGGGGCUGUCCUGGAAGGAGAGGGUCCUCACUGCCCUGCUGGGGGCUGCUGCUGCCUCGGGCCUCACUGCACUCAUCCUCAUCCUGGUGGAGGCCACCAGCGUCCUCCUGCCUGCAGACACCAAGUUCGGGAUUGUGUUCGAUGCUGGCUCUUCCCAUACAUCCCUCUUCGUGUAUAAGUGGCCUGCGAACAAGGAGAAUGACACAGGUGUUGUCAGCCAGGCCCUGGCUUGCCAGGUAGAAGGGCCCGGGAUCUCCUCCUAUGCGUCCAACCCGGCCCUAGCGGGCGAGAGCCUGAGGGGCUGCCUGGAGGAGGCGCUGGCGCUGAUCCCAGAGGCCAAGCACCGGGAGACGCCCACGUUUCUGGGGGCCACGGCUGGCAUGAGGCUGCUCAGCCAGAAGAACAGCUCACAGGCCGAGAGCAUCUUCGCGGAGGUCGCCCGCGUGCUGGGCCAAUCUCCCGUGGAUUUUCGGGGCGCCGAGCUGCUGGCGGGGCUGGACGAAGGAGCCUUUAGCUGGAUCACCAUCAACUACGUGCUGGGAAUGCUGCUCACGUACACCUUCUCCGGAGAAUGGGCCCGGCCCGUCGAGGCGACGCUGGUGGGAGCCUUGGACAUGGGCGGCGCUUCCACGCAGAUCGCCUUCGUCCCCGCGGGCCCCAUCCUGGACGCGAGUGCGCAGGCUUUCUUCCGCCUCUACGGCUCCCCCUACCGCGUCUACACGCACAGCUACUUGUGCUUCGGGCGGGACCAAAUGCUGAGCCGGCUCCUGGCCCGGCUGGUGCAGGACAGCAUGACAGGCCUGGUCCGCCACCCCUGCUACCACAGCGGCUACCGGGCCACGCUGCCCCUGGCCCCCCUGUUCGAGUCGCCCUGUGUUGGCACCUCGGCUCUACCUGGCGCCGCCCAGAACCUCACGGUUGAAGGCGCGGGGAACCCCGGGGCCUGCGUUUCAGCUCUCCGGGCCCUCUUCAACUUCUCCAGUUGCCAGGGCAGAGGGGACUGUGCCUUCGAAGGCGUCUACCAGCCCCCGGUGCAGGGCCGGUUCUACGCCUUCUCCAACUUUUUCUACACCUUCCACUUCCUGAAUAUCACCUCCGGACAGCCCCUGGACACGGUCAACGCCACUAUCUGGGAGUUCUGCCAGCGACCCUGGAAGCUGGUGGAAGUGAGCUACCCUGAGCAGGCCCGCUGGCUGCGGGACUACUGUGCCUCUGGCCUGUACAUCCUCACACUCCUGCUUGAGGGCUACAGCUUCAACGAGGAGACCUGGCCCAGCAUUGAGUUCCGCAGACAGGCUGGUGGGACGGACAUCGGCUGGACACUGGGCUACAUGCUGAACAUGACCAACAUGGUCCCGGCCCAGGCGCCAGUCCCACAUCAGGCAGAGAGCUAUGGGGUCUGGGUGGCCAGCAUUGUCCUUAUGGCACUGACCCUUGGAGCCAUUCUCGGAGCAGCCGCAGUCCAGCUCCUCUGGCCCCGGGACUAG